AAGGAAAAAUGUCAUUUGGAAGGUUGGAUCUGAUAAGUUGUUUAACCUGUCACUGAUAGCCCUCUGUCUAAGGUGCUAAUUUGAAUUCAGCCUCUGUCCGGGUGCUGAAAUCUGCUGUCAGUGAAAAUUCUGCUCCAAGCACCAUCAAACCAUGGUAAACUGGGCUGCUGUCAGAUGCCCUCUGGCCAUUCGUUUAUGGCUUUUUAAUCAGCUCUUGUCCAAGAUACUAACAUCGUUUUGGCUGCUAUAGACAAAAGGGUACUAAGCCGUCCAUCUCAAUAUCGAUAUUUGCAUUAUUAGCUCUUCAAAUGUUUCAGGCAACAUUGAUUUGGGGUAUAAAUACCAGCAUGCCAGCAGUGACACUAUAAACCUUUGUUGUACUUUAACCUGCUUCUAAAUAAAAGUUUAUGCUUGUGACUGCAUGAAUGCAAUCUGUCACCUAAUGCUGGUUCUUCAGUAGAAGUGAUUUUUUUCCCGAUUUUGAUCUUAAAGGAUUGAUCCGGUGCAACUGAUCGUUCUGCUUAGGCUGGUUAGAAGUCUUCGAGUGCCCGUGUUGAACAGAAACGGGCUGGCAAUGGAAGGAUCUAACGGUUUUGGAAUUGACUCUAUUUUAUCUCACAGACCUGGAAGUCCUGUUGCACCGAAAGGGGAUACGUUGAUGGGUGAGUGCAGGUCCCCCCUGGAACUUAGCCCCUGCUCAGAUGUUGGUAGCGGAUGCUCUUCUCCCAGUUCACCUGGAACGGAAUGUGUGGACACCAUUGUGCAGAGACCAGGAGUCUCGGCUGGGUUGGACUCUCAUCCUCAAUUGGGGCAGGGAUCAGCGCCUUCCCAGUCUCGGACUGUCACAUCUUCUUUUCUUAUUAGGGACAUAUUAGCAGACUGCAAGCCCCUAGCAGCAUGCGCGCCCUAUUCGAGCAAUGGGCAGUCUGCCCACGACACUGGGCGCAUCCCUUCUAAAACUGGAGAAGACUUUAAAGACAAACUGGAGAAAAGUAGUAGCAAUGUUUCCUCAGACUCUGAAUAUAAAGUAAAAGAAGAAGGAGACAGAGAAAUUUCCAGUAGUCGAGACAGUCCACCUGUGCGAUUGAAGAAGCCCCGAAAAGCCCGGACAGCCUUCACUGACCAUCAGUUGGCCCAGUUGGAAAGGAGUUUUGAAAGACAGAAAUAUCUAAGUGUGCAAGACAGGAUGGAACUUGCUGCAUCUCUGAACCUUACUGACACCCAGGUCAAAACGUGGUACCAAAACAGGAGGACUAAAUGGAAGAGGCAGACAGCAGUGGGACUGGAACUUCUGGCCGAAGCUGGAAACUAUUCGGCUCUGCAGCGGAUGUUCCCAUCGCCUUAUUUCUAUCCACAAAGCCUAGUCUCAAACUUAGAUCCUGGAGCUGCUCUGUAUCUGUACAGGGGACCUAGUGCCCCACCCCCGGCCUUGCAGAGGCCACUGGUGCCACGGCUACUUAUCCACGGAUUACAGGGGAGCACCGAACCGCCCCCUCCUCUGCCACCGCUCGCAGGCGUCCUACCCCGUGCUGCGCAACCGCGGUGAGUUUUACCGAUGGUCAUGCAGAAGGGGAGCUCCGGGGAUAACAAGGCAAACAAAACUGCCCAGCCAAAGGUCAUCUAAGACUACUAAGCCAAGUGCCCCUAAAGUCCAGGUUAACUCCUCUCCUACUUACAAGAGAUGUUCAUAAAGUGCACAGAUUUCUACAAAUAAGGGGACAAUGCACAUCAACGUGUCUGUAAUUCACAACAUGCUUACAAUAUUCACAAGAUAAAAUCAGGUUAACGUCUGUUGUUGACGAAGCAAAAGAAUGCGUUAUCUACUCAGGAGAUACAAAAUCCACACGAUUCAAGAGCUUCAGAUAACCGAAUGAACUUUGAAAUUACUCAAAUAGAUAAUAUGGAUUUGAAAAGAACUGACUGUGACACAGUAUGGAGUUGUUACACAAACUUGACAAAAAGACGCAUUUCACAUACGUGGAUCUGAUUUUAUGUCCGGCUCCUGAGUCUCAUGUACCAAUAAGAGAAACAUUAAAUAUCAUUAGCCCUUGUGUGUAUUUUUUAAAUUUAAGCUGAGCCUGCGGCUGCCAAAGGGCUGUGAAUAACAAUAUAAAAGGGAAUUUCUUCCUUGGGGAUUAAAGAGAUAUGUGGUCAAUUAUUCCAGUGGUUCAAAGUGCAACCCUUGGGAUGAUGAUCUUGGAUUGUGCGCAAAGACAGGUAAUACGGGGUAUUUCUGCCCUUUCAGUCUGGGACAGACAAUAACAAGAAUGGGUCUUCCUAUGAGAUGGGAGUCGUGGUAAGUGGGCGAUGGCAAGUUACGAAGACAUCACAGAAAUAAACGUUCUUGGUGUGUCCGUGCAAGUACUGUUGUAUUUCUGGAAACCGUGCUGUCAGACAUAUUAACGACUUCUUUCAUUCAUAAUUCUAGCCAAAUGGCUAAAUGCAUUUAAGAAGAAAUUAAAGUUGAAAAAAAUGACAGCCACCAAUCCCCUCAAUAGUUAGCAGUUUUGGUAAUUAAAUAAAUUCAGAACUGUAUUUUUGUAAUUCGGUUUAAAGCUGAAGAUACAUGUAUUGCCCAUGUUUUACUUAAUAUGACUGUUUUAAAAUCUGGAAAUUGGUUAAUUUGGCUGGACAUCCACUCCACAUCACAGCCAAUUUAUGCAAGCUAUUUAUUUGGUUUCCAGUCCUGUCAUACUGCAAACGUAUCCUAGUGUCGUUUUGCACUUGUUAUUCUAGCAUUCGCACAGGCAUUCUGGUUAUAUGCAGUCAUCUUAAAUCAACUGCAUCCUCUACAUUUGUACUUGCAAAUAAUUAUGCAGAUUCUAAAUAUAUGGAAACAGAACGUAUAAUGCCAGCAAAUGAUUCAACCACAGUGUCAAACACCUCAUGAAGGUGCCCAAAUAAAAAGUGCCCACUUUACCCACAACUAAAUGUAAUGGUGUAGAAAAGCUUUAUAUUUAUCUUUAUUUUGUUUUAUUUUUACGAAAAUAUUUUUUAACAAGACAGCUCUGUGACGUUGGUGACUUACCGAUAUGACGUAAUUAUUGCAAUUCUUCCAGAAUGAGUCCCCUGAAAUAGAGCCCUCUUUAUGCACUGUUGCUCCACUCUUUUAUCGAAUCAAUGUAAGUGUUAAAAAUAAAAGGGGCUGUUACUACGUUCGUUAAUAUAUCCUCACUUUAUAACACCAGGAAUGCAACCUUUUGGGCUGCUUUGUAAAUUAGCUGUAAGAACUGCAAAAUGUUUGUAUAAUGUUGUAAAUAUACUGUGGAAAUGUAUAUGACAUUAUUUAUUUGUGAAGCUCUGGUACUGUGAAGUGAUACAUCUUGUACAUGUAUAUUUAGUCCCCUUCUCACAGGGUGAUGAUUGGGGAACGCAGGGACAGAUAGAAACAAAUGAAAUUGAAUUAUUCUUAUUUUAAGAAGUAAAUUCUUUUUUAAUGUUUAAAUAAACUUCAUAUAAACCAUA